AUGGCAUUUAUUUGCCUAAAGGCAUUAUCAAAGAAAUUGAGAAGCAGUUCCGCAACUUUCUAUGGAAAGGCACAUAUGGAAGGUGGUCACUUCAAACCUUACCCUAUUUGGGUUUCAUGGAUUAACUCGAUGCAACUGCAUGGUAAAUCUAUAUGGACGGUGGAUGCUACGUCGAGUGCUUGGGGUUGGAGGAAGCUACUUCCACUACGUAGUACUUUGCAGCCGCAUAUACGUUAUAUGGUUGGUGAUGGUGAGAUGAUAUCGCUAUGGAACGAUCCAUGGCAUCCCCUAGGGCCUCUUAUUCAAUAUGUCCCUCGCGGUCCCUCACUUACUCGCACAUGUGGGGAUGAUCUACUUCGGGCGGUCAUUCAGGAUGGGGAGUGGCAUUGGCCUCGGAUGAGGAAUGCUUUCAUGCUCGAUGUCACGCGACUUAUACCUCUGAUUAGCGGCGUUCGAGAUUCCAUUUUGCUUGAUGGCGGCUUUUAUGCCAACAAAAUAGUCUAUGAUAUUUUUCGGCACUCGGGCCCAAAGAUGGAGGGGAAGCAUGUUGUCAAUGCCGCUUAUCGCAAUCUUCUGGCAUCCCUCGUGUACCACAUUUGGCAAGAAUGGAAUCGACGGAGAUAUCAACAGCUGGAUCGUGAUGCAUUAUCUCUUGUUCGGAUUAUUAUUGAUGAGAUUAGACUCCAUAUACUUAGUGCUGAACUUCCUCAUAGCAUUAGUACUAUUAUUUUGUGUAGAGUAUGGCGGAUACCAUGGUAUACUUAG